UAUUAAGAGGCUCUGACAACGGAUGCUAAAUCACAGGUAAGCAGCUCAUCAACAGCCAGUUGACAAUCAAGCCCCCUGUUAUCAUGGCUGCUUCCACCUACGUCCUUGGGUUGUACAUUCUGUAUGGACUGAUUUCCGGUGCAUCAUCACAGAGAGGAAACGACACAAGGCAUGGCAACAAAACAGUCAGCCCGGGAAUUGCAUACGAGGCCACAGGUCACGUGGUAGUCACUGUCCGGCUUGAUGCUCCGUCGGCCUCUGGAUUGACGUUCAAAUAUAGCACUGUUCCGAGUGGUGCAGGUUCGAGUGACUUUGAGCGGUUUAACAACGUGCCCAUCUCAAUCCCCCAAGGGAGGGAUCACGUCAAUUUUACCAUCAACAUAACGAACGACUCGGUGCCAGAGGCGGAUGAAAAGUUCAAACUGAGGUUAACUCAAUUCUCCGACUCGUCUGGUGCAUUCAACCAUUUCAUUUAUAUCGCAGACAAUGAAGAUAUCACCAUAUGUACAGGGGAUCGGUCGUUCAGGGAAAAUGAUGGCCUUGCCAGAGUUCGACUUUCUCGGCCUUCGGCGAAAUCUGUCGGCAUCCUCACGGCGUUUGUCAGCACAAGGACACUUCCUGGCCAGGCUAAAGAGAACGAAGACUUCAUACCCAUCACAAAUGACACGGUGGUGUUUACAAACAAUGAAAGGUUCAAGGAUAUCGAGAUCCCUUUGAUCGAUAAUUUUAAAAGAGAAAACAGGUCAGAGCUGUUUCAAGUGCUGGUGACCGGCGCUGGACUUGUCACCUGCACAAUCAAUGUGGUCAUUUAUGACGACGACAUUCCGGAUCCCUUCGACUGUAGAAGAGGUAUAAGCCAGCCUUGCAAGUACAGUGGAACGUGUAACGCGACGAACGGGGCAUGUGUGUGUCCGCCUGGCUACGUAGGGGCCGACUGCAGCAGGCCAAUACCGCGGAUUGGUGGAACAGGCUGUGACGGACGAUGCAGUCCCGGCGGUGUGUGUAUGUCUGACAACGUUGGUGGGGGCAAGGAAACUAUCACCUGCAACUGCCACCCCGGGUGGACUGGAGCCGCCUGCAACGAAACCUCUUACUACCACCAGUGUAACCAGAACAGCUUCAGCGUCUGCAUCACCCCCUACAGCUUCGCCGACUUUGCCGGAAGCGUCCACGUCCGGGGCAACGCCACUGUCGGCGGCUGCUACCUCCAGCGAGCUCCGUCCCCUGCUAACACGGGUGACAAGAUCCCUGACUGGUGCAAAGGCUAUGCAGCCACGUUCCCAUUCAAGGGCGGGCCCUGUCAGAACUUUGGACCUUCCAAUAACGGAGGAAACAAGACGUACGUUCUUCAGCUUAUCGUGCAGUAUACGAAUGGCACCCUCAACCGCCUAGACGAGCUCGUCACCUUCACCUGCCAGUUCGACAACUCCUCUUUGCUCGUCUACAGCAAUGCAGUGGAGACCAACCCAUCCGAGUAGGUUCCCAUGCCUGCUGAUUCUAUAUGUACUCAGCC